AAAAGACAAUGAUAUAAUUAAUUCCAAUGCUUUUGAUCAUUUCAGCAUAAUCAUACGAGCUUUAAGUUCAUAUCAAGGAUUUAUUUUUUAAAUGUUAAUUAAAAUAAAGUGAAUAUUUCCAGACGAGAUUUUUAUUUGGAUUUUAGAAUGGAUGUGAACGGCACCACGUCGCUAUUAAGGGACCCGAACUAUUUGAGAUGGGUUCAAUUUUCAAUUGCUGAGGAAAACGCUACAAGGCAACCAUCGACAGGGACAGAUAACCUGGACAACAUUAAACGUCGAGCACACCGAUCAGGGAACUCUGACUUAUCUUCGUUGUCCGGAUCAAAUCCAAGAGCCAGAAAACUUAAGGAAGAUAGUUUUACCGACGUUAAAUACGACAUGGAUAGAACGGAUCGUAAACAACAUAACCAUGACCAAAUCCCGAACGCUGAUCGUGUGAAUGAAAUAUGCAGAGACAACGGUCGAACGUCAAAAGAGACUCAGGACGCAUGCACAAUAGCUUCAGAUUAUAUCAAAAAUGAAAUUGACAAAAUGGGUCUGAACGCUAAUUGUGUUGAUAUUUACCCAGCGUAUAAACCAAACGAGAGAAACAAAAUAUAUUUUGUCAUCACCCUUACAGAUAUAAGCAUAGAAAUUGAAAAGAGAUUUCGACAAUGCAUAAAGUACCCAUAUGUUUUGAAAAAGAUGUACAGUUCCAGUGACGAAUGCAGUGAAGUGCAAAGGGAGGCAUCAACUUUACCUUCAACCUACGACCGAGAACUACAAAAAUGCCUCGAGAAAAUGUCACCUGUUCUAAUGGAAAAACAUGCAUACCUUAGCAUUGUCACUGGAAGCGAAAUAAAAUCGAAAGGAUUUCAAGGACCGAACCAUGUCAAAUUCAAGCGCAAAUGUAUACAGCUAUUUGUUCACGCAAAAGGUUACAUUCCACUUGCGGAGGAGGUAUUUGCAAAUAGCUACGGUGACUACGAUACCGAUAUCUUAGAAGGAACAUUUCAGCCUUUUGCAAACGAGCAUGCUAAUGAAAGACAACGCGUUUUAACUUUAGGAUGCAAAAUAAUGCGCUCUGGAUUUCGAUCUGAUUUCUUUCAACUACGGGAAAAGAAAGUACAUGGAACUCUUGGUGGAUUUGUGGAUCAUCCUGAAUAUGGCUUUUGUGGGUUUAGCUGCGCACAUGUUUUGUUGAACAAAAACGAAAUAGAAAAGGCUGAAAGAGACAAACGGAUUUACUACCCAACACUUAACGAAUCAGUGUUUCAACCCGUAGAUGGUCCCGACGGUGAUAGGAUUGGGUUUUUAGUCGAAGCGAUGUACAAGGAAAAACAUGAUGACGAUAAACGCGCGGGGGUGGAGCUAGCUUUGUUUAGCGUUGACAAAAGAAUACCACGUAAAGGCACAUUUCCAAGCCUUCCUUCAAGUCAAUUUCGAAAGACAUUCAAUUCUGGAAACACAAUUGGCCCGACGCUUGCAAAGGGACGCCGCGUAUGGAAAUUUGGCUGUACAUCUCAAUAUACCGAGGGAUUUAUACACGGUAUGACUUCUUCAGUCAGGACUCAGCCAUUCUCUUAUAUGACACCAAUCAAGCAAAUCACGCUUUUCAACCAGUUAGAGGUCAGUUCUGGAGUUCAUGGAAAAACAUUUGCUCAACAAGGCGAUUCGGGCGCGCUGGUCUUUAAAGAUACUCUAGGGGAUGAAGAGCCUGUAUGCGUUGGUAUGGUAGUUGGUGGUAGUGGACUAGAUGCACGCAACUCAUCUUGUCAAACGUUUGUCACACCGAUACGUGAAAUUCUUGAAGCACUUAAUGUUAAACAUCUGAAAGUGUUUCAUUCCGGUAUUAUACAUGACGAAAUAAGAAACAAUUCUGAAGAUUAUAGAGAAAUUCUUAACUACAUGUAACUUUCCUCAAAAGUUUAAUAUCUAGCUCUCGACGUGUCCGAAACAUGCUAUCAAUUCAGUAGAGUAAUCAUUAACUUUGUCAACAGCAUAUGUAUGUUCAUAUACAUCAUUAUGAUAAUUUCUAGGAAAACAGUAACACGGCUCAUGCCAGUGGCAUUCAUGUAUCACUCGGCGUGUGUAUACCACGUGAUUAAUUCCGUCAUAUAUUUUACGUCGGAAAGAAACAUUUUGCUUAAAAUGAAGACUUGAAUCAAAGUUUAUGCCGCUUAAAGAGACUCGCCUUCGUUUUAAUACCGGAGUUUGAUAAGCUGGUUAAUUUUAUCAAACACUAUAGAUCCAAAAUUAGUUUGGUAUACAUGUAAUUUGAAAGGAUUUUUUAAUGAAAACAAAUCUCUUUAUUGGUCGGUAAAUGUUUUUGAGUUUCAGUUUGUUGUUUGCUUGGAGUUAAAAGGAUAAGGCUUUUAUUUUGAAUUUUAUGAUUAUUGCUAAAUGUGUAAAUAGUUUUGUGUUACCAGUUUUAUUGUCAGGGCUUAUGUUUGGAAGUAGUUUUAUUGUGUUAUUAUUAGCUAGAGAAUCAAAUUCAACCCAUUUUCGAUGUUUCGAAAUAUUCACAUAUAUAAAGUCUUGUUCUUGGUAAUAUUGCUGAUGAUUCCUGAAAAGUAUAGUAGUAUAUAAUAUAUAUAUAUAUACGGUUUACAUGUAUUUUCACAAUUUACUAUAUCAUUAUCAUAAAUUAGUAUCAUAUAUUUAAAUAUAUGUGCAUAUAUUUUGUCUUUGCCACAAAAUGAUUGUUUUGCAAAUGGUCAAAGGCAAAUUAAGUCGAUUACCAAAACUUUGAAGUCUACUCAAAUUCGGUAACUUGAACCUUAUAUCUUAGAAUUUGGUUCAGUUCAAAUAACACAUGUGUUGAUAUACAGGAAAUAAAUAUAGAGCAGUGUGCUCGCAGUCGAAACUUCUCGACCAUUUUCAAUCGAAAACAACCUUGGAUGUAUAUGGACAGUUUACAAAAACAGAACUCUUCAUAUUUUACUACGCUGCAAGAAGAUUGCAUACUGUAGUUGUUUCAAUGCAACUUUUUAAAUUUAGGACUUUACUUUUAGGAAAAUUAAUUAUGCAAGCAAUAAUACACUUCAUUGGAAAUCAGACUGAAUUUAGUAUUAAAAAUUACAUGUGAAAACACUACAAUAAAUUAAUAGUAUUAUCUUUAAUUUUACAAACUAAAUCUACGGAUGGAUGUACCGGCAUACAUAUGAGGUUAUUUCGAUAUGCUUAAAGAACAACCAGUGUAAAGGUCGUCAACCGGUACCCGAGGAUAAAAACCAGUAAUAGAAUAUAGAAUGUAUAUUUUAUAAAUAACAUGAACGAAUGACUUGAUACAUGAUAUAUAGAAUGAUACAAAUGAUAAAAGUUAGUUUUAAUGUAAGACAUACAUUUCAACAGAUAACUAUUGUUUAACAAGUUCUUGUACGUUCCUAAAAUGUUUCACUUUCGUCUUUGGGCUAGUUAAAGGGACAUUCAGUAAAGACUUUAUAUGUAUUUUUACAUGAAAGAAAUAUCUGGUCUUUGUAUUAACAUCAAAAGAACAGACUUUUUAACAUAAAUCAUAUAUCUUAAUGAACCUUAAUAAUUCACUUAACAUGAACAUGCAGUUAAGUUAUUGCUAAGUAUAUUUUGUAUAACAUUAGUACCAUCGUUUACAACUGUUUGUAAUUUUGGUUUGAUAUGUUUAGUUAUGAGCUGAUGUUUUUAUGUAUAAAUUGAAAAUAUGCAUAAGUUGUAUCACAAUAUGAUUAAUUGUACGUUUGUUCAUAUUGAAUUAUAUGACUUGGAUUGUAAGUAUUAAACUGUUUGAAUAAUGGGUCAUAUUGUCCAAAUUCAAACAUAUAUGUUGUAUAUAUUAUCGAUAAUGAAUAAAAGUUUUUCCUUAUCCAAUGUGUUUUAAAGGAUAAUACAUGUUUGACUAUAGCUUUUAUUUGAUAAUUGCUCAAAUGAUAAAUAAUUAUCAAAUAGCAGUAAUAUUCCCAUUUGGGGCAAUUAGCUGGUUUUAAAACGCAUGUAUGUUUGAAAGGAUUUGAUGAAGCUAAUUUGUAAAACAUUUACCUCUAUAGUGUUGGCAAUGUUUGGUUUUUUUCAAUUGUUGGCAUUGUUACUUUCUUUUUUGACCCGACAUGUUCCAUAACUGAAAUAGAUCUGAUUU